UUGCCGAGCGUGUUAUACGCUAUUAUACUCGUUUGCGUGUGUUCUUGAGACAUUUGCUUUGUGAAAUGAGAGUGUGGGCUGUUACAAGUGUUGGACAUUUUACGGCACAGCUGUUCUUAUUGCACCAAGAGUCCCAAUAGUGCAGCAUGAUCGCUUCCUAAAGUAACCUAGCAUCCCAAUUGCCUGGCUUGGCGUUCAUAAUGAUGGGCUCACAAUCGUUUGUAAAUCAAUAGCAAAACAUCCAGUGCUAAGUCUAAGCUGUAUAAAUUCAUUACGAACUUUUAAUGAUUUUAAGCUUAUUUGUACAUGUAAUUAGUAUCGUCCCUUGCUGUUUGCACAUGUUGAAAUGGUGUAGCAGAGGCCAGCUGAUUUAGUAGACCUGUGAGAAAACAUACGAGGCAUUAUGGGAAUUGGAAUUUUGCCUGGAGUAGAGCUUGUAUUUGAUGCAUUGCAACAAAAGGCAGAACCAGUGGUGUGGAAAGGGGAAAAUAAAUUCUGGUUUUAGUUGCAGUUUGUUUUACAAAUAACUUUUCCUAUUUUGUAUAGUUUUAAAAUUAUUCUAUUCUGCCCCAUUCUAGCUUUCAAAUGGGGUCACUGAGCCAAAAGACAAUUUCAGUGUGUGGCUGAAUUGGGUAAAUAGGAUCAUAGCAAACAGUCACCUGCUGAAGAAAUAUUUUAAUUAAAAUAAAUAGUCCAGCUUCAAAUUGCCUUAAAAUAUAACUUUCAACAGUGAGUGUAGUGAGUCCUAUUUGUAGAAUUUCAGAUUCGCUUCUAAAAUAAUUUUGGUUUGGCUAUGCUCCAAGAAUUUGUGUGAAUGUUGCUAAAGAGAAGCCAGUAAAUAUCUCAGUGAAGUUUUAAGCUCUGUAAAUGAAGUGGAGCUUGAAGAUGUGAUUGAUAGUAUAAUAGAUGCUGUAGAGAAACAGCCCUUGUCUUCUAAUAUGAUUGAAAAGUCAACGGUGGAAACAGCUGUUCAGGAAUGCAGUCGGUCCUGUGAUGAAACCAUUGAACAUAUUUUCAAUAUUAUCGGUGCUUUUGACAUACCCCGAUAUGUCUACAACUCAGAAAGAAAGAAAUUCCUUCCCCUGAAAAUGACCACACUCCCAUCACCCAAUCUCUUUGGAAGUGCAAGAGACAAAGCUGAGCUUUUUCGUGAGCGUUACACAAUCUUGCAGCAGAGAACUCACAGACAUGAACUCUUUACGCCACCUGUCAUUGGUGCACAUCCUGAUGAAAGCAGGAGCAAAUUUCAGCUUAAAACUGUGGAAACCCUUCUAGGCAACACUGCUAAAGUAGGCGAAGUGAUUGUCCUGGGAAUGAUAACCCAGCUGAAAGAGGGAAAAAUUUUUUUGGAAGAUCCAACUGGAGCAGUACAGCUUGAUCUCACAAAUGCACAGUUUCACAGUGGUCUGUACACAGAGUCCUGCUUUGUUUUAGCUGAAGGUUGGUAUGAAGACAAAAUUUUCCACAUCAAUGCUUUUGGCUUUCCCCCUACUGAACCUUCCAGCACUACAAGGGCAUAUUAUGGUAACAUGAAUUUUUUUGGUGGACCUUCUUCUACUUCAGUAAAAACUUCAGUUAAAUUACGGCAACUGGAGGAGGAAAACGAGGAUGCCAUGUUUGUAUUCUUAUCUGAUUUAUGGUUAGAUCAAGUUGAAGUUACAGAGAAACUUCACACAAUGUUUUCAGGUUACUCAACAGCACCACCAACCUGCUUUAUCUUCUGUGGAAACUUUUCUUCCGCACCUUAUGGGAAGAAUCACAUCAGAUCAUUAAAAGACUCAUUCAAAAUACUGGCAGAUAUAAUAUGUGAAUAUCCGCAUAUACAUAAAAGUAGUCGAUUUGUUUUUGUGCCUGGCCCAGAAGACCCCGGUCCUGGUUUCAUUUUACCAAGACCCCCAAUUGCUGAUCAUAUCACAGAAGAAUUCCGCCAACGAGUGCCAUUCUCCAUUUUUACUACAAAUCCCUGCAGGAUCCAGUACUGUACACAGGAAAUUGUUGUUUUCCGUGAAGACUUGGUAAAUAAAAUGUGCAGAAAUUGCGUUCGUUUUCCCAACAACACUUUGGAUAUUCCAAACCAUUUUGUCAAAACCAUCUUAUCCCAAGGACUUUUGACUCCACUUCCUCCGUUUGUCAGCCCUGUAUACUGGGCCUAUGAUUAUGCUUUGAGAUUGUAUCCGCUACCAGACUUGGUUGUCAUCGCUGAUAAAUAUGAUCCGUUCACCAUUACCAACACAGAAUGUCUCACCAUUAACCCUGGAUCAUUUCCAAGAAGUGGGUUUUCUUUCAAGGUCUACUAUCCCUCCAGCAAAACAGCUGAAGACAGCAAACUUCAGAAUCUUUGAUUUUACUGUGAAAAUGAUGGAACACUGCUAUUUCCAUACUGGAGGAUUUUACUAAUUCAAUUAUGUUAAAAAAAAAAAAAAAAAAAAAAAAAAAAAAAAAAAAAAAUUUUAAGAGAAGACUGAAUUAUUUUAUAUGUUUAUUGUAUCAAAACAUUUUUGUAAUAAAACUAAUGGAAAAAAGGUUCCGA